ACUGCUUUUCCACGUCAGUGUGUUUACCAGCCGUAUGACAGGACCGGAAGUGGCUCAUUUACUCAUUUAUAUUACCCUUUUCUGCUAAUCGAAUGAAAAGGGCAGUAUCUGGAGAUCAUAGGCGAUCACCCAGUGGAAUGCCCGAGGUUUCCAGGUGGUCUGUUGUGUCGCAGGGAGCUGAACUUUGGUCUGGCUAGCCUGCUAGCUGUCUGAGCUAGUUAGCUCCUCCAGGAUCGGUCUGCUACAGAGAAGCAGCACAAAGACAGGCAGCAUGGUAGACAGGAGAAUCUACAUUGUCCAAGGGGAAAUUUCCACUGUUGUUGGAGCUAUAAAGAGGAACUCUAGAUGGAAUACUCAUACUUCACUGGACGAAGAACAGGACCCCUUACUCAACAGCUUUGGCCAUCUCAAGGAAAUACUCAACAGCAUAAAAGAGCUCUCGGAUGUUGAACCCAAUGUCUUCCUGAGGCCCUUCCUGGAAGUUGUCCGCUCCGAGGACACGACCGGACCAAUCACGGGCCUCGCUCUCACCUCCGUCAACAAGUUCCUUUCCUACGGCCUUGUGGAUGCCGACCAUGAGGCAGCAGCCGAGGCCAUCGAGAACAUGGCCGACGCCGUCACGCAUGCCCGGUUCGUGGGGACGGACCCGGCCAGCGACGAGGUCGUGCUCAUGAAGAUCCUGCAGGUCCUGAGGACUCUGCUGCUGACGCCCGUCGGAGCUCAUCUCACCAACGAGUCCGUGUGUGAAAUCAUGCAGUCCUGCUUCAGAAUCUGCUUCGAGAUGCGUCUCAGCGAGCUGCUGAGGAAGUCUGCUGAACACACCCUGGUGGACAUGGUGCAGCUGCUCUUCUCCAGACUGCCCCAGUUCAAAGAAGAGGCCAAGAGCUUUGUGGGAGCCAACAUGAAGAAGCUGAAGAUGCGUGCCGGGGGAAUGACGGAAUCAUCCAAAUGGAAGAAGCAGAAACGCUCCCCAAGACCACCUCGCCACGGGGGCCAGACCGAACCAAACCAUUCCAGCACGCUCAGCAACAACCUGUCAAGUGGAGUUCCGUUCGUGGAGCCGGGCGUGUCCAGCUCCAGCCUCCCGGCCUCAGACAGCGCCGGCUCGCUCACGUGCAGCCCCACGGACAGCGGCGUGGACGCCUGCUCCAAAGCCACGUCCAGGGAGGACCUGUCGGACCUGGAGACGUACAGCUCUGCCAGCUCCCCGUGUGCAGCAGCUCUGCUCCCCGGGGCCGAGGCCGGGCCAACCGAUGCUCAGUCUGAGUUCCGGCCGGUUGGACCAGCCCCGUCGGCCUCGGUGGAGUCCAUUCCUGAAGUCCUGGAGGACAAAGACUCGGUGGCUGAGCCGUCGGAGAGCAGCUCCGUCCACGACAUGGACUACGUCAACCCCCGCGGCGUCCGCUUCACACAGUCCACGCAAAGAGACGGAGUGUCCCUCAUUCCGUACGGGCUGCCGUGUCUGAGGGAACUGUUCCGCUUCCUGAUCUCGUUGUCGAACCCUCACGACCGCCACAACACGGACGCCAUGAUGCACAUGGGUCUGCAGCUGCUCUCUGUAGCACUGGAGUCGGCCAACAUCGCCAGCUACCAGUCCUUGCUGGUGCUGGUGAAGGAGGAGCUCUGCAGACACCUGUUCCAGCUGCUGAGUUUGGAGCGUAUGAACCUUUACGCUUCGUCCAUUCGAGUUUGCUUCCUACUUUUUGAAAGCAUGCGAGAACAUCUAAAGUUUCAGCUGGAGAUGUACCUGAAGAAGAUGAUGGACAUCGUGACGUCUGAGAACAUGAAGAUGCCGUAUGAGAUGAAGGAGAUGGCCCUGGAGGCGCUUGUGCAGCUGUGGAGGAUCCCCAGCUUCGUCACAGAGCUCUACAUCAACUACGACUGCGACUUUUACUGCUCCAACCUCUUUGAAGACGUCACCAAGCUGCUGUCCAAGAAUGCGUUCCCGGUGUCGGGGCAGCUGUACACCACCCACCUGCUGUCCCUGGAGGCCCUGGUGACGGUGGUGGACGGCAUCGAGGGCCACUGCCAGACCAAGCUCAGUACCACGGCCCAGCAGGACCAGUCAGACACGCUGGUGGAGGGGGGGGACUCCAGCACCAACGAGGCUGAGGCCACCUCUGAUCUGAACAGAGUCAGCAACACCUCCAGUCUGAGUCCUCCCCCCCCUGAGAACCUGCUGGUGUGUGCCCCGACCAGUGGACAUCUGAUGGCUGAGAGGAUGCUCCUGGGUCGGCAGGACCAAGGAGACAACGAUGCUGAAAAGAGAGCUCAGAAGAAACCUCUCCGCUUCUUGUCGUGUUUACCUGAUUCGCAGGAGCUGAUGGAGAUUAGAACAAAAAAAAAGUUACUGAUCACAGGCACAGAGCUGUUCAACCAGAAGCCCAAGAAGGGGAUCCAGUUCCUGCAGGAGAAAGGCCUGCUCAGCGAGCCCCUGGACAACAACCAGGUGGCCCAGUGGCUCCGAGAAAACCCCCGACUGGACAAGAAAAUGAUUGGCGAAUACGUCAGCGACCGCAAGAACAUGGAGCUCCUGGACAGCUUUGUGAAUACGUUCACCUUCCAGGGCCUGCGUAUCGACGAGGCCCUGCGGCUCUACCUGGAGGCCUUCAGACUCCCAGGAGAGGCUCCGGUCAUCCAGAGGCUGCUGGAAACCUUCACUGAUAACUGGCAUAAAGUGAACGGCUCCCCCUUCAUGACCAACGACGCCGGCUUCGCUCUGGCCUACGCCGUCAUCAUGCUCAACACCGACCAGCACAACCACAACGUCCGCAAGCAGAACAUCCCCAUGACGGUGGAGCAAUUCAAGAAAAACCUGAAAGGUGUGAAUGGCAACAAAGACUUUGACCAGGACAUGUGUGAGGACAUCUACAACGCCAUCAAGAAUGAGGAGAUCGUGAUGCCUGACGAGCAGACGGGUCUGGUGAAGGAGAACUACGUGUGGAGCGUGCUGCUGCACCGCGGGGCCACCACGGAGGGCGUGUUCCUGCACGUGCCCCCGGCCAGCUACGACCACGACCUGUUCACCAUGACCUGGGGGCCCACCGUGGCCGCCCUCUCCUACGUGUUUGACCGGAGCCUGGAGGACAACAUCAUCCAGAAGAGCAUCGCCGGCUUCAGGAAAUGUGCCAUGAUAGCAGCUCAUUACGGCUUCAGUGACGUGUUUGACAACUUGAUCAUCUCCCUCUGCAAGUUCACCACCCUGAGCAGCGAGGCCGUGGAAAACCUCCCGACGGUGUUUGGCAGCAACAAUAAGGCCCAAACGGCAGCCAAGACCGUGUUUGACCUGGCCCAUCGGCACGGCAACAUCCUGAGGGAGGGCUGGAAGAACAUCAUGGAGUCCACGCUGCAGCUGUUCCGCGCAGAGCUGCUGCCUAAAGCCAUGGUUGAGGUGGAAGACUUUGUGGAACCAAAUGGAAAAAUCUCUCUUCAGAGAGAAGAGACGCCUUCAAAUCGCGGCGAGUCUGCAGUGUUCAGUAUUGUAAACUGGCUGAGUGGAGCCGAGCAGUCGGGACUCAGAGGACCGUCAACGGAGAACCAGGAGGCCAAGCAGGCCGCCAUCCUCUGCAUAAAGCACUGUGACCCGGAGAAGUUGAUCACGGAGAGUAAAUUCCUGCAGCUGGAGUCUCUGCAGGAGCUCAUGAAGGCGCUGAUAUCAGUGACGCCGGACGAGGAGACGUAUGACGAAGAGGACGCUUCGUUCUGCUUGGAGAUGCUGCUGCGCAUCGUUCUGGAGAACCGGGACCGCGUGUCCUGCGUCUGGCAGACGGUGCGAGACCAUCUCUGCCACUUGUGUGUCCACGCCACGGAAAGCUGCUUCCUGGUGGAGAGAGCCGUGGUGGGACUGCUCCGCCUGGCCAUCCGCCUGCUACGCAGGGAAGACAUCAGCUCUCAGGUUCUGCUGUCUCUGCGUCUCCUGCUGAUGAUGAAACCUCCCGUCCUGUCCCGGGUCAGCAGGGAAGUGGCCUACGGCCUGCACGAGCUGCUAAAGACCAACGCCGCCAACAUCCACUGUACCAACGACUGGUACACCCUGUUCUCCCUGCUGGAGUGUGUGGGAGCGGGAAUCAAACCUCCGGCUUCCUUCCAGCUCAGCUCCACCACUGCUGACAACGACUCAGGGGCUCAGUCGGACAGCGAGCUGUCGUCUCACCACCCCAGCGAGGCGGGUCUGGACCGAGGCUACACGUCCGACUCUGAGGUUUAUAACGAACACAGCAAGACCCGGAUCCCUCGCUCCAUGACGGACGUGGACGUGGCCAGCAGCGGCUGGCUCAUGGUUGGGAAGGACGACCUGGAGAGCAGCAGGACGUCUCCAGUCAGCUCCAGAGCUCAGCUCAACCACCCGCUGGUCAACCAGUACAGCCUGACGCUGGGCCAGGACCUGGGCCAGCACGACACCAAGUCCCUGCUCAAGUGUGUGGAGACGCUGUCCUUCAUCGUCCGGGACGCCGCGCACGUCACCCCGGACAACUUUGAGCUGUGUGUCCGAGCCAUACGAGUAUUUGUGGAGGCCAGUCUCAACGGAGGUUACCGGAACCACGACAAGAAGAAGAGCCACAAGUACGACUCGUCCAAGUCCCGCCUGAGGAAGAAGGCGGGGGGGAGGGACAGGGACGGCGGGGCCAGCAGGCGGGGCGGCGGCCGGGCUUCCAGCCAGCGUCCAUCCCGCUCCCACAGCGAGGACGAGGAGGACGAGGGCGUCCCGGCCAGCUACCACACGGUGUCUUUACAGGUUAGUCAGGACCUGCUGGACCUGAUGCACACCCUGCACACCCGGGCCGCCAGCAUCUACAGCUCCUGGGCCGAGGAGCAGCGCCACCUAGAGGCGUCAGGCCGGAGGAUCGAGGCGGACUCCCAGACCCUGUGGGGCAGCUGCUGGUGCCCCCUGCUGCAGGGCAUCGCCUGGCUGUGCUGUGACGCCCGGCGCCAGGUCCGCAUGCAGGCCCUCACCUACCUGCAGAGGGCGCUGCUGGUCCACGACCUGCAGACGCUGGACGCCACGGAGUGGGAGUCCUGCUUCAAUAAGGUGCUGUUCCCCCUGCUGACCAAGCUGCUGGACAGCAUCAGCCCGGCAGAUGUGGGCGGGAUGGAGGAGACCAGGAUGAGAGCCUGCACGCUGCUGUCCAAGGUCUUCCUCCAGCACCUGUCCCCCCUGCUGUCCCUGCCCACCUUCGCCGCCCUCUGGCUCACCAUCCUGGACUUCAUGGACAAGUACAUGCAUGCAGGGUCCAGUGACCUGCUGCUGGAGGCCAUCCCCGAGUCUCUGAAGAACAUGCUGCUGGUCAUGGACACGGCCGGGAUCUUCCACAGCGCCGACUCCAGGACGGGAUACUCGGACCUGUGGGAAAUCACCUGGGAGCGCAUCGUCUGCUUCCUGCCCCACCUGAGGGAGGAGCUGUUCAAGCAGACCGUCAUGCCAGACCCAGUUCCCAGUCCCCCUGCAGAGCUGCAGCCUCCACCCGCAGCUCUCCGGCCUCCGUCCCCGCAGGCGUCUCCACCCCCCCAGCAGAGCUCCCCACCGCCGGGCCCGGUCCCGGCACCGGUACCCCCCCCAGAGACCUGCACCACCCCAGAAACACCGCCGGAGCCUCAGGCAGCCAGCACCAACGGGCCCGAGCGCUCGUCCCCGGUCCCCGUCUCCGGUCCUCCCAUGCCGGCACCGUUCCCCCCGUCCCCCCAGGGCUCCUCGCCGCUGGCCCAGUCCCCGCUGGCCCAGUCCCCGCUGGCCCAGUCCCCGCUGGCCCAGUCCCCGCUGGGCCAGUCCCCGCUGGGCCAGUCCCCGCUGGCCCAGUCCCCGCUGGGCCAGUCCCCGCUGGGCCAGUCCCCGCUGAUCCUGCAGCCGCUGGCCUCCCACCUGCAGGUGGGCGUCCCGCCCAUGUCCCUGCCCAUCAUCCUCAACCCCGCCCUGAUCGAGGCCACGUCCCCGGUGCCGCUGCUGCCCGGACCCAAGCCCGCGGGGCCGGACCCGGUCCAGUAGGAGCCAGCAGGAACCGGCUGGAACCGGCUGGAACCAGCAGGAACCAGCUGCUCCUCAGCUGCUCUCAGACUCAAACACCACGCUGGAGAAAAAUCACAACCUUUUGUAGUUUGUUCAGUUUUAAAGGAGGAACCCUCGUAAAUACGUGACUCUGUUCUCAAUCACAGGCUGUUUUCUUUGUGCCAUUCUGAUCUAAUAAUAACGUGGACGGAGGACUGGAGGGAGACGGGCGGUGUCUCAGUCCCACCUUCACCUGGUCGUCACGCAGGGGGGACGUCACCGCCUCUCAGACAAGAUGAACUAUUUUAAACUGACACCAUGAAAGCAGCAGGAGCAGCGUUUGUCCACGUCAGGUUUAUUCUGAGACAAGAAGACGGACUCUCAUCAUGUCCCCUGAUGAAGACACAUCACCGGGACUCAGUGUUUCUGUCCAGCUCAUGUCUUUCUUCAGGAUGGAUCCACAUCUGGGCAGCUGUGUGUGUGUGUGCGUGUGCGUACGUGUGUGUGUGUGUGUGUGUGUGUGUGUACGGUACAAACUGGAUCAGUGUGGAACAGAACUGGUCCAGAACGUGAAAGUGCGUGCUGCCUCCAGUGGUCGGGAGGAGCAGCUGUUGACGGAGAGACGGCUGUAUCUCACCACCCCCGCCGUGCUGCUGAAAACAUCCAGCCGAGGCCCGGCGUCCUCCGCCCGCUGACGGAGCAGGGACCGGUCUGGUCUGCCGCCUCUGGCCAGAACCUCUGUCCACAAAACGCUGCCGUUUCAGCUCCCGCUUUUCUUUCCCUGGUAAGAAGCUGAGAAACCUGCACAGAGCCGUUCCCCCCUGGAGGGAUAUUUCUGGAUCACUGCAGACAACAAAGAAGCGUCCGGCAUCAUAACACCAAUGUUUUUAGUUCAGUUCAACAACACUGUCUUCAUUUAAACCCCUAAUUUCAUUAUUUGCAAUCGUGGAAUUUUUUUCUUUCCUCCCAAAUUUGCACAUUUUAUAUUAUACAUUCUCAUAAAUGAAUGACCUUAUGUCACAGUUUUGGAGAUUUUUCUUGCAAAUUUCUGAGUUUAUAAAGGAAGAAAUGAAAGUAUGUGUGACUUAAAGCAACAUCUGUAAGGAUAUGCGUCUCAGACCGACGUGAAGGUUUGACCUCGGUCCAGAGACGAGGAUCCGGAGGCUGCAGCCUCCCGGAUCAGCGCUAAAGCUGAACAUUAAAGGAGAAUAUAAGAAACACAUACACAUGUGUCUGUGGUUGAGGGUUAGCAGGUCUUCAUUAACUGACACCGCCCUGUUCUGUUUGGAGGGACCGAGUGUGAAAACCGUGAACAUGUACGUGAACUCAACAUUUCCCAGCGAAAGUCAUGAAACCACUUGUUUUUUUUAAUCCUGUUUGCACUCGUUAGCCAGAGUGUGAGGUGGCGGGCAGGGACAGCAGUCAGUUUCUUUUUCCACUUCAUUCACAGCUGUCAAAUCGGCCAAAGGAAGCAGAGAUGUCCAGUCAAAGUGAGUCAACGUGAAAGCUUCCAGCCUUUAGCUCUGGGUUUCCCAGGAUGCACCUGGUGGUGUCUGUGUUUCAUUGUGGCCUCCAGAUGUGUACCGACGUGUACGAUGACCUGUAAUCUUAAUUUAACGCCAAACCUGGAGGUGAACGGAAAGCUCCAGCGGUGUCCAGAGCGGCAGGGACAGACUUAGUGAUAUUUAAUGUUAUUUAUUGAACUGGAAACGAGUCGUCUGUCUGUCUGUCUGUCGGCAACACGACGGCCUUAGAGUCUCCAACAUCUGAGCUGUUGUUGUUCUGGACUCCAACGUUCUUCAGAAACUGAUUUGUGCUUGAACAGUCAAUUACAUGAAUAUAAUUUGUGUAAAUAUAUAUAUAUAUGUGUGUAUAUAUGUAUAUCUAUCUAUAUAUAUAUAUAUAUAUAUAUA